CCGCCCCAGGAGUGAGGUUCCUGCCAUCUUUUCCUACAUGGUGGUACUUCAGUCUUGCGUUUCGCGACCUUUGCGAUCAUUCUGGAUCUGUAUUUGGCGUUCACAACGACCCGGACAUCGAUUUAGCCCCAACUUCUCGAAAAGGACUGCACGAAGGUAGAGGCAUUGACUCAUUGAUUACUAGUAGCAGAACCCCACUUCUGCCUCUUCAGGACUCUCUGCAUCACCAGAAGUAGGAAGAAAAAUGAGCACGUUCAAGGAAUCAAUGACAUUCAAGGAUGUGGCUGUUGUCUUCACCGAGGAGGAGCUGGGGCUGCUGGACUCUGACCAGAGGAAACUGUACCAAGAUGUGAUGCUGGAGAACUUCAGGAACCUGGUCUCUGUGGGAGGCCAGAUCCAAAGUGAGAUGGAGACUGCUCCAGAUGCAAGACCAUGUGACGCACUGUCCUGCUGGCAAAUCUGGCAACAAAGUACGAGUGACUUAACCAGGUGUCAAGGCCCUGUGAUAAAUAAUUCUCAUUUCUACAAACAGAAUGAUUUGGCCUGCCAGAUUAGGGCAGGACCGUCUAUUAUUCACACAGGAGAGAAGGCUUAUCAGUGUAAUGAGUGUACAGAAACGUUCAGUGAUGUCUCCAGCUUUGAUCUUCAUCAGCGGUUACACUCAGGAGAGAAGUCUCACACAUGUAAUGAGUGUGGAAAAAGCUUCCGUUAUAGUUCAGUUCUUCAUAUUCAUCAGAAAGUUCACGUGGGAGAGAAAUGCUGUAAGUGUGAUGAAUGUAAAAAGGAAUUCAGUCAGAGCUCACAUCUGCAAACUCAUCAAAAAGUCCACACUGUAGCUAAACCACACAAAUAUGAGGCAUGUGGGAAAGGCUUCCAUUCGAGAUUUGCACUUAAUGUUCGUUGCAAAGUCCACACAGGACAGAAACCUUAUAAUUGUGAAGAAUGUGGGAGGGCCUUCGUUUAUGCUUCGCAUCUUCGAGAACAUCAGAGAAUCCACACUGGGGAGAAGCCUUUCAAAUGUGAUGAAUGUGGUGAGAACUUUCGUCGUAGGUCAACACUUAAUAUCCAUUACAUGCUCCAUACGGGAGAGAAACCAUACAAAUGUGCUGAGUGUGGGAAGGACUUCCGUCAGUCUGCUGGUCUUCGAACUCAUCAGAGAAUCCAUAGCGGGGAAAAACCAUUCAUAUGUGAAGUGUGUGGGAAGAACUUUAUUCAGAGAUCACACCUUCGAUCCCAUCUAGGAGUCCACACAACAGAGAGACCAUACAAAUGUGUUCUGUGUGGGAAGAGCUUUAUGAUGAAAUACAAUUAUGAAUUUCAUUUGGUAGUCCACACCGGAGAUAAACCCUAUAAAUGUGAAGUGUGUGGGAAGCGCUUUAGUCGUAGAGGAGAUUAUAAUAUACAUUGUAGAAUCCACACAGGAGUGAAACCCUAUAAUUGUGAGGAAUGUGGGAAGGACUUCAGCCGUAGAUCUGCACUUAAAGUUCAUUGCAGAGUGCACACAGGAGAGAAACCUUAUAAUUGUGAGGAAUGUGGAAAGUGCUUCAUUCGUCGAUCAGAACUUAAUGUUCAUUGCAAAGUCCACAAGAGAGAGAAACCUUAUAAUUGUGAGGAAUGUGGCAGGGCCUUCAUUCAGGCUUCACGUUUCCGGGAGCAUCAGAAAAUCCACACUGGAGAGAAACCAUUCAAAUGUGAUACAUGUGGUAAAAACUUUCAUUUAAAAUCAACACUUUAUAAUCAUUGCAAAAUCCACACAGGAGAACAACCGUACAAAUGUGAGGAGUGUGGUAAGGGCUUCAAUUUUCCCUCAAAACUUUAUGUCCAUAAGAGUGUCCAUACAGGAGAGAAACCAUAUAAUUGUGCAGAAUGUGGGAAGCACUUUAGUCGAGGUUCCUAUCUUAGGAAACAUCAGAGAGUCCACAGUGGAGAAAAGCCACUCAAAUGGGAAGAUGGAAAGAGAUUUGGUCAGAAUUCUCACCUUCAGUCCCAUCAGAGGGUUCACACUGGAGAAAAGCUAUACAGAUAUGAAGAGAUUGGGUAGGGCUUCAAGUGGAACUUGAAUCGUGAUAAUCAUAAGAGGGUCCACAUGACAGAGGAACCAUAUAAGUAUGGGGAAUGUGGUAAAAAUUGUGCCUCCAAUUGUCGACUUUAUCAGAGCAUCCACACUGGAGAGAAACUAUACAAGUGUGAUACAGUUGGUAAAAUCUUCCAUCGUUCUUCAGAACUUCAGAGACUUCACACUGGAGAGAAACCUUACAAAUGUGAGAUGUGUGGUUAGCACUUCCUGUUGAGAUCAUAUCUUCUAAGUCAUCAAAGAAUACAUCCAAAAUGAAAGCCGUUGCCGUCAAGUCUAUUCUGAUUCAUGGAGACGCCUUGUGCUACAGAGUCGAAUUGCUCCCUAGGGCUUUCUUGGUUGUAAGGAGCCCUGGUGUUGCAAUGGUUAAGUGCUUGACUGCUAACAAACAGGUUGACGGUUUGAACCCACUAGCCAUUAAAUGGGAGGAAAGACCUGGCAAUUUCC